AGUGACGCGCUACGCCAUCUUGCAUUCAGCGAGCGUCGAGCUCAACAGAAACGCAGUUCGCGCUCUGCCGUUGUGAGAUCCCGGAGAGAUGAACAGUCAGAGCUCCCGCAACGAAACGGCAGCUGCCGCGGUCAACGGCUCGGAUUCAACGGCAACGGCUCCUCGAGACCGCAAACCCGGAGGAGGUGUUCCGAAAAGGCUGAAAUCGCGACGAAAUCAAGUGGACCGACGGCCUGUAACGGAGGAAGAGCUGCGGGCGCUGGGGAGAGAAAUCACUCCGGAUGAAGUUUUGGGACUUCGCGCAGUCACUCGCGACUAUUUGUGUAAACCAGAGGACAACAUCUACAGCAUUGACUUCACACGGUUUAAGAUAAGGGACCUGGAGACAGGCACUGUCCUUUUUGAGAUUGCCAAACCACCACAGUGUGACCUUGAUGAGGAGGAUGAGGAAAACGGAGAGGUUGACACCAGUGCCGGGCGCUUUGUUCGUUACCAGUUCACACCUGCGUUCCUUAAGUUACGCACAGUCGGAGCCACGGUGGAGUUCACAGUUGGCGAUCGACCCGUUACCAACUUCAGAAUGAUUGAGAGGCAUUAUUUUCAAGAGCGCCUCCUGAAGAGUUUUGACUUUGACUUCGGCUUCUGUAUCCCGAACAGCCGGAACACGUGUGAACAUAUUUACGAGUUUCCUCAGCUCCCAGAUGACCUCAUUCGAUUGAUGAUUGAGCACCCGUAUGAGACUAGAUCAGACAGCUUCUACUUUGUGGACAACAAACUCAUCAUGCACAACAAAGCAGACUACGCUUACAAUGGGGGCCAGUAGUGCCUCUUCAACAGGGAACCUGACGAUUGUUUGUUGGAGUGACCGUGUGGUUUUGCGUGGAAUGCAAAUACAGGAACGCCCCUCACUACCAGAAAACACGGUGUUGUCACCAGCAUUACAAUCUCGCUCCAUCGACCCGAUCAACUGGAAAUGAACGUCCCACAUUCCACAGACUGCACGCACCACUUGUGGGUUUGGCCAUAAAUGUGGAGCCUUUCUCCUCCACCACACUUGACUAGCCGGAACUGAAGAACUGUCCUGUCAUCCUGCUUUAGGGUGACUACAAUAGAGGAGUUUUGUUUCGUAACCUUUGUUGUCUUACGUCCUGCACCCACCACCUUUUGUCCUGUUUUGUGAGAUUUUUAAAACUCUGAAGUUGUGUUAACAAAUUAAAUCCUGAAUGUCUAAAUGGGGUCUUUCUAAAUGUCGUAAACUGAAGCUAUUCUGCCACGUAUAUCUUUGGCUAUUAAACAGAAAGAGAGGUUUUGCACAGAUUUGCAGUUAUUGUUGAUCAUUAAAGUGAUAGAACAGAUGUUGUGGUUUAGUUAAUCAGAGCCAAUGCUGUUGCAACACUUUCGGACAUGAUCUGGGUUAGGAUGUCGAGUUAAAAAGGAUGUUAUCUGUUUUUUGUUUGUUUGUUUUUUUUACUUUCUGUGACCAUAACCCUAAAACAGUUGAUAAGUUGCAGUGUUUUGUUUAACCAGACAACCGUUCAAAAGUUUGGGUUCAGUAAUAUUUUUAAUGUUUGAAAAGAGUCUUUUAUGUUCACAAAGGCUGCAUUUAUUUGAUCAGAAAUACAGUAAAAACUGUAAUGUUAAAUAUAUAAAUAAAAAAUAACUGUUUUCUUUUUUAAUAGAUUUUACCGUUCCAAUUUACCCAUUCACACCAAGAAUUAUAACUAUAAAAAUAACAAUAUAAGCAUCCACAUAUUGGCUGUUUAUUCUUAGUGCACGGUCUAUCUCAUGAAAGCAUGAUGGGUUCUGAUUGGGUGUCAAUGUUUAUAUCGUUCAUCAACUAGAAAAAAAUCAUCUUGAAAGUGAUUCCAGUGAUAUUGUUUCUCUGUGCUUUUAUCGUUAUAGCUGUGGUGUGCACUCCUCUAUUCUUUAAUAUUAAGAAUGAUUUUUACAACUACAUCUUUAUCGUUAUCUUUACAGUUCUCGUCCUUGGUGUGAACAAGCCUUUACUCCAGUCUUCAUUGUCACAUGAUCCAUUGUUAAUUAUUGUAAUAUGCUGAUUUGCUCAAGAUACAUUUAUUAUUAUUAUUUGAACCCUAAACUGACCCUAUGUAGAGAUAAAGAUUGUGGUCUUUAAUUAAUUGUAUUUUCUUUAGUUCUUUUAUUUUCAUCUGACUGUUUUAUGUCAAUUCUUUAUCUGACAAAAAAUGACUUUUUGGAGGUAUGUAGUGUCGGUCCUUUAGGGAUCUGAAUAGAUAUGGCAGUGCGCACUGUGGGGUUCAUAGGGCAUCUGUCUUUGUCAUGUAUGAGGGCUUUCGACGUCAGACUCAGCUGUGCAUACAGAAACCCUGUUUUCGCUCGUGUCACACACAGAGAGGGUUGGGA